AUGACGUCGCAAAGCAGUGCUGAACGCCUACAGUACACUGGCCUGAAGGAGGCAGUAAUUUCUUGUGUUGCACAUGUUGUUACUCGUAAAUGUCCUCUUCACCUGACCCGUCGUCGUGUUUCUUUCUGCAGAGAUGAUUCAGCCGCCAGCCUGGAUAACACUGUUUGCCCACGCAGCACUUUACUCCCGGUGAUCCAACUCUGGCUGGAGGAAUACAGUGAGGACUUCAGUGACCCCCCUCAGUACCAGGAUCUCCGACGACUGUGUUCCCAGUUGCGUCAGCACGUCAGUUUCAGGCGCUUAGCUCGAACUGCUGAGAACCUGCUGAAGAGGUUCCAGGAACAAGACGGCAGCCGAUCUGCAUCCGAGCAGCAUGCUGGCCAGGAAGGAGUAGGAGAAACGUUCAGCAAGCAGGAGGACAAACACAGCUUCAUGGACUUCUCUACCAGAGACUUGGCAGAGCAGCUGACCCGUGUGGAUGCUGAACUUUUCAUCAAAGUUGUGCCAUUCCACUGUCUGGGCUGUGUUUGGUCCCAACGUGACAAGAAAGAAAACCGCAACCUUGCUCCUACUGUCCGUGCCACCAUCUCCCAGUUCAAUGCCGUCACCAACCGUGUCAUCACGUCCCUCCUCUGCCCGUCAUCUCCCCCGACCACUUCCUCUCCCACCUUAUUGCCCACCUCGGCCUCUCCCUUCCACGACUCCUCCAAUGCCCCGAGCUCACCACGAUUCUCGCGCGGUGGCCACGUCCACAGGGCACACGUCAUCGAGAGGUGGAUAGCCAUUGCGCAGGAGUGCAGGCAGAUGAAGAACUUCUCCUCGUUGAGGGCGAUCCUUUCAGCUCUCCAGUCAAAUGCUGUGUAUCGCUUGAAGAAGACCUGGGCUGCUGUCAGCAGGGACUCUAUGACCACCUUUGGACACCUGUGUGAAACUUUCCCGGAUGAGAACAACGUGCUAACCAGCAGAGAUCUCCUGGUGGCGGUAAACCAGGCAGAGAGCAGCCCGUCUCCGGGUUCCAAGUCACCCAGACUCUGCUUUGUCUCCAGACAAACCAAUUUGAACAGCGGCGUCGUGCCGUACCUGGGCACUUACCUGUCCUCCCUCACCAUGCUGGACACAGCUCUUACAGACACCGUGGAGGGUGACCUGAUCAACUUUGAAAAGCGCAGGCGGGAGUUUGAGAUUCUUUCCCAGAUCCGACAGCUUCAGGCUUCCUGUUCCCAUUACAGCCUUCCAGUAAAAUCUCAGAUCACCACUUGGCUGCAAGCAUGCGCGCUGCUCACAGAUCAGGAGAGCUAUGAGCUCUCUCGGGACCUGGAGCCUCCGGUUGAUCCCUGUCCCAGCUCCCCCAUCCUGUGGAGCCAUCGUCUGCUCACCAAAAAGCUCACCUCCUUGCGAUCAGCCAGUGAGAGCUCAAGCAGGAAAGCCCAUGUGGACCAGAUUAGCGUGUCAUCCUCUGGAUCCAGCAGUUCAGACAUGGACGAUCUGUUGAUUCCUCUGCCCUCUCCCUUCCAGGUCAAACUGAAGUCUUUCUCAGGGUCUCUACAUAACGUUGCAGAGGACUUCACUUUGAGCUCCAUGUCCUCGACUCCUCUGUCCAGUGUCUCGUGCUGCUCCUCCGAUCCAGAUCUAAGCUCCGCCUCCUUGUUAAUGAGCGCCGAGUCGCCGUCUUCCAUUUGCUCUCCUCAAGCUAUGCUGCCCUUCUACAACAAGCAGGUCGCAGACUCGUGCAUCAUCCGGGUCAGUGUGGAGUCCGUCAGCAAUGGAAACGUCUACAAAAGCAUUCUGCUGACCAGUCAGGACCACACAGCCCAGGUGAUUCAGAGGGCUCUGGACAAACACUGCAUGGAGGGCAUCAGCUACCACGACUUCAGCCUCAGCCAGGUCAUCACCAAUGAAAAAGAGCUGCAGAUCCCCGACAAAGCCAACGUUUAUGCCAUGUGCACCACCGCCAACUAUGACUUUGUCCUGCGCCAGCGCUGGAGAAGGCACGCAAGGUCUUUGGGCUCCUCAAGCCCUGGAGCUCAGCACAAGAGAAACUAUACCAAGUGAAAGGUGUCGGACCUGCUGGACGUCAGCAGUUCAUGCAGAGAACAGGAAGUGCUCGUCAGUGGCUCAUCGCCGUGAUAUCAUCACUGUGCAGCUCAGAUUCUGAGACUCUAAUAAAAAAAGAUGAAUUCUCAGCAGAAAUCAGGACUUUGAGAAAUAAAUUUCUGCUGUCCACAUUUUUUCUUCAGAUGGACAGACGCACAUCACACUUUUUAUAAAUCCUGGUGAUUCUCAGACACCUGACUGUUUCAGGCAGUUACCGAUGUCUGGAGCCAGAACGCUGUGGACUUCUGGAUCUGGUUCUUGAAGUGGACGUUUGGGGUUCACAGAACGACGAUUCUGCUUGGGGUUUACAUGAAAAAUCUCUACGUUCUAGCGGUGUUACCUUCAUUGUAGGUGCGAGCAGCCUGUGGUCGUUCAGGUCAUCGGGUCACUAACAGCUGUUUCAUGAAGAUGCUUGAAGAUUCACACCAGAGACUGUCACUGUGGAGUCUUCAGCUGAAGACGUCCAGAUAGAAAAACACAGAGAUGCUUGGACCAGCGGACUCUGACGGACUUUUAAAGACUUGUUCGGCAAUUUUUGGACUUUUUCUGGAUCUGCUAUCUGAACUUCACGUGGAUCAGAGCUGAGUCGGAGCACUGAUGGCGGGACUCUUCUCAACCGGGUUUUAGAUGCUGUUAGAUGAGAUUAACUUUAUGAAUUUUAAAUACGUCACACAAAUGUUUGUAUAAUUUUAUUCUGGUAAAUUAUUUGAUGCAUUUCAGUGUUCAGUUUCAUAGUACGCUGUGGUUAAGGGUUUGUUGUUGUUUUUGGGGGGGGUUUAUCAGUACCCUCAUGGAUCUUAUCGGCCAUUUUUCUGUUUCAGUCAAGUGUUUAUUUCUACAUUAAUAAUAAUUUUAUUUGUAUCGCACUUUUUCAAACAUCAAAGCACUGAUCAACAUAAACCCCCCAAAAUAACUAUAAUACAACAAAGCACAUGAAGAAUAAAACUAAUAAAUCUCAAAUUAGAAAGUAAAUUAAAAAAAAAAAAUCUGAACUUAGAAAGCUAAUAAAAAAAAAAGCCUCAAACACCCCUGUGCAGCUGUACA